AUGCAUCUCGCCCCGCCGCCCAAUUCACGCGACCUGCUCCCGCCGCUCCUUGCCUGCCUUCCCACCUCCUUCGCUGCCCCCAGACCGCCACCAGUCCUCCUACCGCUUCUUUCGCCACUCCUCAGACAACGUGUCAAUUACCUCGCGGGCGAUUCUGCUGGUAGUGAUGGCUGGUUGCCGCUGCUGUCAUGGGAUUCUCAAAGAGCAAAAAAGCUGCCAUCUGUGGUUGAGCGCAUGGAUCUAGAGCCGCAUCCAGUGUCGGGAGAACUUGAGCUUGAAGAGACAAAUACGGCCAAGUAUCGAAGAUUGGAUCAAGAGACGUUGCAGGCGAGGAUUGAGGUGGAGCAGUUUGGACUGCUGCCCAUCUUCGUAUGGUGUGAAAAGGACGAACGGGGCGGGGAAGAGGCAGGUUGGAAGCUUUUCGAGCUGCGGACGUUGGACGAUCUCGAGGAUGGCACAGAAUGGUUCGACUCGCCCUCAGAAGCGAACGAGGCAGGAAGCAGUCGAUCAAUAGCAGUACCGUCUGCCAACGAGGCGACACAAAAGGCUGAACAGGAGGAGGAUGACGAUGACGACUACUGGGACUCAUACAACAAGACACCCGCUUCUAGGACACCUGCAAACCGCUCCCCGGCACCAAACUCUUCAUCAAUACUACAAAUGACAAACCGCUCGCAAACGCAAGACAGAUCAGAAAGGGACUACUACGAAAGAUACGGCUCAGAAGUGCAACCAGCUAUGGACCCUCACGAUCCAGACGAAGACAUGGGUGAUCAAGGGGGCAGCCUUCGUGGAGACUCCCUAUUACAGCAACCUCAAACCUCAACCAGCAACGGGAUCGCCGACCAAGCAGACUACCUCAGCUCAUUACAACCACACGCGGGGUGGAAGCAGCCUCACGACUCAGCAGUACACACAGGACGGGAGCGAAGUCUGGAUGGUGAACACGAUAUCUCCAUGCCUAGGCCCAUCUCACCGACGAGCUCCCACUCGAGUAUAGACAAGCUGGAAGAGAGGGCGGCUGAGAUGAGCUCGACUGGAGAUUCCGACACGGCUCAGCUCGCUAUCAAGCAGCAUAUCAGCACCGAUGUGAAGAGUCUGUUCAGAUUGGCGAAAGCGAGUGGGAUGAGUCGGCAGGAAUUCACGAGGAUUGUUAGGACGGAGUUGGAUGUGCUUAGCUUGCUGGAGCAGGAUGAGUGA